AUGGCUAUUACAGCCCCAUCCCUCCAUUCUCUUACUAACCCGUUCUCCAGACUCAUCCACCCCAGAGCAGCCGCCCGUGUUUUCUUUGUACAUACGCACCUUCCCACGUAUCUGUCCUUGCUCACAUUCCCCCGAUCUAUUCAUCUCAGAAUGUCUUCUUCAGCCACUGAUACCUCUCAAUCCAACCACUACACCCAGUUGCACCAAGGGUUGCCCACCCACUUCCGAGGCCUCAACUCCGUCGACACGGCCGAGGCCUCUAAGGUCACCGAGUUUGUCAAGGCCCACCAGGGUCAUACGGUGAUUUCUAAGGUUUUAAUUGCCAAUAACGGGAUUGCUGCCGUUAAGGAAAUCAGAUCCGUCAGAAAAUGGGCCUACGAGACUUUUGGCGACGAAAGAGCCAUACAAUUCACGGUGAUGGCCACGCCCGAGGACUUGGACGCUAACGCCGAAUAUAUCAGAAUGGCCGACCAAUACGUCGAGGUGCCCGGCGGUACCAAUAAUAAUAACUACGCCAACGUCGAAUUGAUUGUCGAGAUUGCCGAGAGAACUGACGUGCACGCCGUGUGGGCUGGGUGGGGCCAUGCCUCCGAAAACCCCAUUUUGCCCGAGAUGUUGGCGGCCUCUCCCAAGAAAAUCGUGUUUAUUGGGCCUCCCGGAAACGCCAUGCGGUCCUUGGGAGACAAAAUUAGUUCUACCAUCGUGGCCCAGCACGCCGACGUGCCCUGUAUCCCGUGGUCUGGAACCGGUGUUCGCGAUGUGCAAAUAGACUCCGAAACCAAUUUGGUGUCGGUAUCUGACGAGACUUACGCUAAAGGAUGCUGUGUGGAUGCUGAGGACGGGUUGAAAAAAGCCCGUGAAAUUGGUUUCCCGGUGAUGGUCAAGGCGUCUGAAGGUGGAGGUGGUAAGGGGAUCAGAAAGGUCGACGACGAGAAGGACUUUAUCACCUUGUACAAACAGGCAGCCAAUGAAAUACCCGGGUCUCCCAUUUUCAUCAUGCAAUUGGCUGGUGAUGCCAGGCACUUGGAAGUCCAAUUAUUGGCCGACCAGUACGGAACCAACAUCUCGUUAUUUGGUAGAGAUUGUUCUGUUCAGAGACGUCAUCAGAAGAUCAUCGAAGAAGCUCCCGUCACCAUCGCCAGAAAAGAGACCUUCCACCAGAUGGAAAAUGCGGCCGUUCGGUUGGGGAAGUUGGUAGGUUAUGUUUCCGCUGGGACCGUCGAGUACUUGUACUCCCACUCCCAGGACAAAUUCUACUUUUUGGAAUUAAACCCCAGAUUACAGGUGGAACAUCCCACCACCGAGAUGGUCACCGGUGUAAACUUACCAGCAGCCCAGUUACAAAUCGCCAUGGGAAUCCCUAUGCACAGAAUCAGAGACAUCAGAACCUUGUACGGUGUUGACCCCCACACUUCAACCGAAAUCGACUUUGAAUUCAAGAACGAAGCGUCCUUAAUUACUCAACGUCGGCCAGUGCCAAAGGGCCACACCACCGCCUGUAGAAUCACGUCUGAGGACCCGGGUGAGGGUUUCAAGCCCAGUGGAGGUACUUUGCACGAGUUGAACUUCCGGUCGUCGUCCAACGUCUGGGGGUACUUUUCUGUGGCUAAUCAGUCAUCGAUCCACUCGUUCUCUGACUCCCAGUUCGGGCAUAUAUUUGCCUUUGGUGAGAACCGGCUGGCCUCCAGAAAGCAUAUGGUGGUUGCCUUGAAGGAAUUAUCCAUCAGAGGAGAUUUCCGCACCACCAUUGAGUACUUGAUCAAGUUGUUGGAAACCCCCGAUUUCGAGCAUAAUACCAUCACCACCGGCUGGUUGGACGAGUUGAUCACCAAGAAGUUGACAGCCGAGAGACCCGACCCUACCAUCGCCGUCGUGUGUGGUGCGGCCACCCAGGCCCACCUUCAGUCUCAGUCCGAGAGAGCUGAGUACGUGCUGUCAUUGGAAAGAGGUCAGGUCCCCAAUAAAAACUUGUUGAAAACCAUUUUUCCAGUGGAGUUCAUCUACGAAGGACACCGGUACAAGUUCACCGCCACCAAGUCUUCGAGCGAAUCGUAUACCUUGUUUUUGAAUGGUAGCAGAGUGGUGGUGGGCGUCAAAUCACUUUCUGAUGGGGGGUUGUUGAUUGCCAUUGGUGGAAAGUCCCACGCCGUCUACUGGAAAGAAGAGGCCGCGGGUACUAGAUUGUCGGUGGACGGAAAGACCUGCUUAUUGGAGUUGGAAAACGAUCCUACCCAGUUGAGAACCCCAUCUCCCGGGAAGUUGGUCAAGUAUUUGGUGGAGUCCGGUGAUCAUGUGGUUGCGGGCCAGGCGUAUGCUGAAGUGGAGGUCAUGAAGAUGUGUAUGCCUUUAAUUGCCCUGGACGACGGGGUGGUUCAGGUUAUCAAACAGCCGGGGUCCACUUUGAAUGCUGGAGAUAUUUUGGCCAUUUUGGCCUUGGACGAUCCGUCUAAGGUCAAGCAUGCCUUGCCUUUUGAAGGAACUUUGCCAGACUUGGGUUUGCCAGCCAUACAAGGUACAAAGCCUAUCCACAAGUUUCUCCACGAUGCUCAGAUAUUGAAGAAUAUUUUGAACGGGUUUGACAACCAGGUCAUCAUGAAGCCUACUUUGGCCAGUAUCUUCAAGGUGUUGAAGGACAAGGAAUUGCCUUAUUCGGAGUGGACUUUGCAGAUCUCGGCCUUGCACUCCAGAUUACCUCCUAAGUUGGACGAGCUGUUGUCAACCUUAAUCGACAAGUCCAAGAACAGAAAUGCAGACUUCCCAGCUCGUCAAAUCUUGAAGCAGAUCCACAAGGUACUUAACGACCCUGAAACAGACUUUUCCUUGACCGAAGUCGUCAAACCUUUGACUGACAUUGCCGAGAGAUAUGCCAACGGUUUAGUCGAACACGAAUAUUCCUUCUUCUCCGGGUUGAUCAACGAAUACUACCAGGUUGAGCUGUUAUUCUCGGGUCACAUGGCCAGAGAAGACGACAUCAUCUUAAAGAUGAGAGACGAACACAGGUCAGACUUAAAUCAGGUGGUCAACAUUGUGUUGUCUCACUCCCGUGUCAGUUCCAAGAACAACUUGAUCUUGGCUAUCUUGGACGAGUAUCAGCCAUUGUUGCAGUCAUCUUCCAAUAUCGCCAACCAAAUCAGAGACUCUUUGAAAGAUGUCGUCGAAUUGGAUACCAAGGGAACUACUAAAGUCACCUUAAAGGCUAGAGAAAUCUUAAUCCAGUGCUCCUUACCUUCUAUUCAAGAAAGAUCUGACCAGUUGGAACACAUUUUGAGGUCGUCCGUGUUGCAAACGUCCUACGGUGAAAUCUACGCCAAGCACCGUGAACCAAGACUCGACGUCAUCCAGGAUGUGGUGGACUCCAAGCAUACUGUGUUUGAUGUGUUGCCCCAAUUCUUGGUUAAUGCAGACGAAUGGGUCGCCAUGGCUGCGGCUGAGACUUACGUGAGAAGAGCUUAUAGAGCCUACUCCUUGGGGCCACUCUCAUACCACUUUCAUGAUAAGUUGCCUAUUAUCCACUGGAAAUUCGAGCUACCAAGUCUUGAUUCUUCGCACUUCACUGCCAUCCAGCAAGUUAAGACAGAGGCUCCAAAUAACAUGAACAGAACUCUUUCUGUUUCCGACUUGUCGUUUACUAUGGACCCAAACCAGAAACAAGCUUCCAGAAACGGUAUUUUGGUUCCUUGUAGCCACUUGGACGAUGCUGAUGAAAUGAUCAGUGCUGGUUUAGACCAUUUACAAGUAGGAGGUGUUUCUAUUGAUCUCCUCGAAAAGGUCAACUACUACAAUGUUUUCAACGUCAUUGUGCACAGUGUCGAAGGAUACGACACCGAAGAAGAGAUCUUGGCCAAGGUCAACGAACAUCUUGCUGAUUUGAAAGACGACCUUAGAAGUGCUUCGAUUCGUCGUAUUUCCUUUGUAUUUGCUAACAAGAUUGGUAUCUACCCCAAGUACUACACCUUCACCGCUCCUGACUAUACUGAGAACAAGGUGAUUCGUCACAUUGAGCCUGCCUUGGCCUUCCAAUUGGAAUUGGCCAGAUUGGAAAACUUCGACAUCAAGCCUAUCUUCACCGACAACAGAAACAUCCACGUCUACGAAGCCAUUGGUAAGAACGCUCCAACCGACAGGAGGUACUUCACCAGAGGUAUCAUUAGAACCGGAGUCAUUCGUGACGACGUCAGCAUCAGUGAGUACUUGAUCUCUGAAUGUAACAGAUUAAUGUCUGAUAUCUUGGAUGCCUUAGAGAUUAUCGACACCUCCAAUUCGGAUCUUAAUCACAUCUUUAUCAAUUUUUCUGCUGUUUUCAACGUGUUACCAGAAGAAGUGGAAGCUGCUUUCGGUUCUUUCUUGGAAAGAUUCGGUAGAAGAUUGUGGAGAUUGAGAGUCACUGGUGCCGAAGUUCGUAUUUUCUGUACCGACCCUGCCACUGGUAACUCCUUCCCAUUAAGAGCAAUAAUCAACAAUGUUUCCGGAUAUGUUGUCAAGUCCGAGUUAUACAUGGAAGUCAAGAAUGCCAAGAAUGAAUGGGUGUUCAAGUCCAUCGGACAACCUGGCUCCAUGCAUUUGAGACCAAUCUCCACUCGUUAUCCAGUCAAGGAAUCAUUGCAACCCAAACGUUACAAGGCCCACAACAUGGGAACCACGUACGUCUACGACUUCCCAGAACUCUUCCGUCAAGCUACCACUGCCCAGUGGAAAAAGCUUACCAAGUCAACCAAGAUUCCAAAAGAUGUCUUUACCUUCUUGGAGUUAAUUCAGGACGACAAUGGUAAUUUGACAGCCGUCGACAGAGAUCCUGGUUCCAACAAGAUCGGGAUGGUUGGGUUCCAGUGUACUGCCAAGACACCUGAAUAUCCUCGUGGCCGUCAAUUCAUUAUUGUUGCUAACGAUAUCACCCACAAAAUUGGUUCGUUUGGUCCUGAAGAAGAUGAAUACUUCAAUAAGUGUACGGAAUUGGCCAGAGAAUUGGGAGUUCCUAGAAUCUACCUUUCUGCCAACUCUGGUGCUAGAAUCGGUAUUGCUGAAGAAUUGUUGCCAUACUACAAGGUUUCUUGGAACAACGAUUCUGACCCAAGCAAGGGAUUCAAUUACUUAUACUUGAGUACGGAAGACUUGGAAGCGUUAAACGCCAAUGGUAAGAGUGACACGGUGGUGACUGAAAAAAUCGUUAUCGAUGGAGAAACCAGGCAUGUCAUCAAGUCUAUUGUUGGUGCUGAAGACGGAUUGGGUGUUGAGUGUCUUAGGGGUUCUGGUUUGAUUGCUGGUGCAACCUCCAGAGCUUAUAAGGAUAUUUUCACUAUCACUUUGGUCACCUGUAGAUCCGUGGGUAUUGGUGCUUACUUGGUGAGAUUAGGUCAAAGAGCUAUUCAAAUCGAUGGUCAGCCUAUUAUCUUGACUGGUGCUCCUGCCAUCAACAAGUUGUUGGGUAGAGAAGUCUACUCGUCGAACUUGCAAUUGGGAGGAACUCAGAUCAUGUACAACAAUGGUGUUUCUCACUUGACUGCUUCUGAUGACUAUGCUGGUGUGCUCAAGAUAAUGGAAUGGAUAAGUUAUAUUCCUGCUAAGCGUGGCAUGCCAGUUCCUAUCUUGGAGACUGAAGACACCUGGGACAGAGACGUGGAGUACUUUCCACCAAAAGACGAAGUAUACGAUGUCCGGUGGAUGAUCGAAGGUAAGGAGUUGGAAAACGGCGACUUUGAACACGGUUUGUUUGAUAAGAACUCUUUCCAAGAAACUCUCUCUGGUUGGGCCAAGGGUGUCGUUGUUGGAAGAGCUCGUCUUGGAGGUAUUCCAAUUGGUGUAGUUGGUGUUGAAACCAGAACCAUCGACAACCUUGUUCCAGCUGAUCCUGCUAAUCCAGACUCAACUGAAGUCAAGAUCCAAGAAGCUGGUCAAGUUUGGUACCCCAACUCUGCUUUCAAAACUGCUCAGGCCAUCAACGACUUCAACCACGGUGAAAACUUGCCAUUGAUGAUCUUGGCCAACUGGAGAGGUUUUUCGGGUGGUCAAAAAGACAUGUACAACGAAGUUCUUAAGUUUGGUUCAUACAUUGUGGAUGCUUUGGUGGACUUCAAGCAACCUAUUUUCACCUACAUUCCUCCUAACGGAGAAUUGAGAGGUGGUUCUUGGGUUGUGGUGGAUCCUACUAUCAAUGCUGACUUCAUGGAAAUGUAUGCUGAUGUUGACUCCAGAGCCGGUGUAUUGGAACCAGAAGGUAUGGUCGGAAUCAAGUACAGACGUGACAAGUUGUUGGCCACCAUGGAAAGAUUGGAUGCCAAGUACGCUGACAUGAAGGCUAAAUUGAAAAACUUGCCAUCUGCUUCAGAUGAGUACACUAAGUUGUCUGUUGAGUUAGUUGCGAGAGAGAAGAACUUGUUACCAAUCUAUGCCCAAAUCUCCGUGCAAUUUGCUGAUUUACACGAUAGAUCGGGACGUAUGUUGGCCAAGGGUGUUAUUAGAAAAGAGCUUCAUUGGCGUGAAGCAAGAAGAUUCUUCUUCUGGCGUUUGCGUCGUCGUCUUAAUGAAGAAUACUGCUUGAGAUUGCUCAAAGAACAAUUGGAGACCGACAGCAAGCUCGAAAGAGUUGCUAGAUUGAAGAGUUGGAUGCCUGCCGUUGAUUACGAAGAUGAUGAGGCUGUCAGCACCUGGAUCGAGGAAAACCACUCGAAGUUGACCACGAAGGUGGAAGAGUUGAAGAAGGAGAAGUCUUACAACACCGUGAGAAGAUUGUUAAAGGAAGAUCCUUCAAACACUAUGAAUAUUCUAAAAGACUAUAUUUCUUCCUUGUCUGACCAAGACAAAGCCAAGUUGCUUAAAUAAUUUAAUAAUGUUAAUAUAUUUGUUUAAAGUUUAUAU